ACUACAGCACCGAGCAGGCUGCCUGUCUGCUGAACCAGCCACGCCAUCCAUUUAUCCUUCCUGACGGACUUCACGGAUGUCUGGGCUCGCACAGCGGGGUUCAGGUAGUGUCCAAGCGGGUAGUUCGCGCGCCGACGCGCCGGUGGAGGAAAAGAGCUCGUCUGUGCAGUUUGAACGUUUGCAGGAGCAUCUGUCUGCAUCAGGAGGCUGCACAGACAAGAAAGGCAAAGCAGCAGGGGUGCUCUGAAUAGGAAGCCAAAUUCUGCACUGCAGUGGAUUUCCUCAGGUGUGUGUAUGCGUGAGUGUGUCUCUGUGUGUGUGUGUGGGGAUGUCUGACUUGACAGUAGACUUAGUGUAGGCUCUAGACACUUUCUCAUUAUCAUUGGAGGAACCUGCAGAAGCUUGGGGCAUCAUCUGGAGGUCGACCCGUCCUAGAAAACUGUGCCACCCUCUAGUUUAUGAACCAACCGAUCUCCUCCCUCCACCUGCUCCUGUUUUUCUUUCUCCUUCGCAGACACAGUCUGGUGGCUGGUUAGUCUGUCCGUCCAUUUGAAUCACAAAAGCCUGCAGGCCUCAGACUGGAGAGCUGUGACUGACGGGUGGAUUCAUACUGUGGAUUAUUAAAGAAAUGCACGGAUAUUUAACCAAAUCUGCAGUGUUAAAGCAAAGACCAGCUGUCUGAUCAGUUCAGCUUCAUUGCACUUGGAGGACUUAUAUUUUUGGAUUAAGAAGGUUGGACUGGCUCUUCAGGGGGUUGUAGGGCUAAAAAAGUGUCAAAUUCCACCUCAGGGAUCAGAUUUUUAUCAUUUCCACUGUGUCAUACAAGUCAGCACGACACAGCAAAUCUCAGGCGUCUGUACAGGUUUCCCAGAUUUAGGUUGACUUCCACUUUCACCUCAGGGAUUUUGAACUAACAGAGUUUCCGUUUGGUAUUUUUGGUAUUAACGCAGGAAAUCUCAGGCAACAUCAGUAUUUUUGGCUUUAUGAACUUCUGUUGCCAUGGCAUCUGACAGUUUCCAGUACCGGGCGCUCUUUGAGUACAAGCGGGAACGCGGUGAUGACAUCAGCCUCCAGCCGGGUGACCUGCUCACCGUUCCCAAGGCCUCGCUGAUGGCGGUGCCAGGGCUGGACUACCAGGACGGGGACGAGCGCAGCCCCAAAGGCUGGCUGCACGGCACCAACGAGAGGACCAAGGAGAAGGGAGACUUUCCAGGGACUUUUGUGGAGUACGUCGGGAUAAUGAGGGUCAGCCCUCCUGCGGCUAAAUCCUGGCCCAGGCCUGUACCGCCGACCCCAGUGGGGGCACAGACCGCUGUGGGGGCUCAGCCUCCUGGAGCAGCUGCUGCUUCAGGUGUGGAGGCGGAGCCUCUGUCUGAAACAGCCCCUGUGGUUGUUCUGAAGCUCAUCGAGGCCAUCGAGAAACACGGUUUGAACAGCGAGUCUCUGUAUCAAGCUCCUCCAGUAGCCUCCAGUGGACCUGCAGAGCUGCAACAGGCUCUAGAUUCAGAUCCGGUCUCAGUGGACCUGGACCAAUAUGAUGUGGGUUCUCUGACUGAUGCUCUCAGAGGUUUCCUGCAGGACCUGCCUGCCCCUGUCAUCCCUGCCACAGUCUACAGCGAGCUGGUCUACACUGCUCAAGAGACUCAGAGUGUGGAGGAGUGCGGAGAGAGGCUGAAGAGGAUCCUGGACUCUCCCAGCAUCGCUCAGGCCAACCACCAGCUCCUGGUCCACCUCAGCAGACAUCUGGCCCGGGUCAGCCAACACAGCCAGGCCGGUCCCCGACUGCUUGGACAGGCCUUUGCAGAGGCUGUCUUCAAGCACUCUCCUCUGAGUGCGGAUGUGAACCCAGAGCAUCAUGUCAGGAUCUUGGAGGCUCUAAUCGCAACAGGAGGUCUCAUGGAGAUGCAGGCUGCACCAGCUCUUCCUCCGAAGCCAGCGAAACCCCAGCAGCCCUCCUCAGUCGGGGUGGGAGGAAGCACCAGCAACGGCUCCAAGGACGGAGGAGCAGUCAGCUCACUGCAAGAGGCGGAAUGGUACUGGGGUGACAUAUCCAGGGAGGAGGUGAAUGAUAAGCUCAGAGACAUGCCUGAUGGGACCUUCCUGGUUCGGGACGCUUCCACCAAAAUGCAGGGCGACUACACGCUCACACUGAGGAAAGGGGGCAACAACAAGCUGAUAAAGAUCUACCAUCGGGACGGGAAGUACGGCUUCUCUGACCCCCUGACGUUCAGCUCGGUGGUGGAGCUCAUCAGCCACUACAGACACGAGUCUCUGGCUCAGUACAACACCAAGCUGGAUGUCAAACUCAUGUACCCCAUCUCCCGCUUCCAGCAGGACCAGCUGGUAAAGGAGGAUAGUAUUGAUGCUGUGGGGAAGAAGCUGCAGGAAUACCACAAUCAGUACCAGGAGAAGAGCAAAGAGUACGACAGAUUGUACGAAGAAUACACAAAGACGUCGCAGGAGAUCCAGAUGAAGCGGACGGCCAUUGAAGCCUUCAACGAGACCAUCAAGAUCUUCGAGGAGCAGUGCCACACGCAGGAACGCUACAGCAAGGACUACAUCGAUCGCUUUCGCCGCGAGGGCAACGACAAGGAGAUUGAGCGGAUCAUGAUGAACUACGAGAAGCUGAAGUCUCGGCUCGGAGAGAUCCAUGACAGCAAGGUGCGGCUGGAGCAGGACCUGAAGACACAAGCCAUGGACAACCGUGAGACUGACAAAAAGAUGAACAGCUUGAAGCCUGACCUCAUACAGCUCCGCAAGAUCAGGGACCAGUAUCUAGUCUGGCUCAAUCACAAAGGCGUUCGUCAAAAACGAAUUAACGACUGGCUGGGAAUCAAGAACGAGAACACUGAUGAAGGCUACUUUGUGAGUGAGGAGGAUGAGAACUUGCCUCACUACGAUGAGAAGAGCUGGUUCGUCGGGGACCUGAACAGGACGCAGGCGGAGGAGCUGCUCCUCGGGAAGCCGGACGGAGCCUUUCUUAUCCGAGAAAGCAGCAAAAAGGGCUGCUACGCCUGCUCUGUAGUCGUUGAAGGUGAAGUGAAGCACUGCGUCAUCUACAGCACACCGCGCGGCUUCGGCUUCGCUGAGCCCUACAACCUGUACAGCAGCCUGAAGGACCUGGUGCUCCACUACCACCAGACCUCCCUGGUGCAGCACAACGACUCCCUUAACGUGCGCCUUGCAUACCCCGUCUACACACAGAUGCCCUCCGGACGCAGAUGAACCCCACCCCCGCCCGGCCGCACCCCCACAGACAAGAAACAAACCCCCCUCUUGGGGAAGGGAGAUGGAGGGAAGGAAGGGGGGGGAUUGGUUGAAAUACAAAGCGACCCCAACACCAGAUAGAAACAGAUUAAACACUUGCUGCAACACACACGUCAGCCACCUUGGAGUUAUAUAUUUUUACAAGAACAAUUUCGGAGGGCAUUCUUUCUAAAGACUGCUUGAUUUGCACAAGGAAGUUUUAAAUGUUUGUGAAUGUGAAGAAAAAAAAAAAUAAGUGACUGAAGGAAGGAAGGAAACGGAGUAGGAGACUUCAGAGUUUCAGGUUGACCCCGCUGCUACCUAAACUCCAGCUCAGACUUUUUACCAGAAACCCGACGAAGACGACAACAAAACAUUCCCAUUUUAAGAACUUUUCUUUUCUUCCCCAUUAUUUUCAUUUUCCACCUCAGAUGAUUAUAUUAUGACCUUUUGUUUGUUUGGGGAGUUGUUUUCACGCUUCAGCCGUUUCCUUUUGUUUACUUGUGACGUGGUUUGUGGUAAAUGCAAGAGGAUAUGAUGUCAAGUGUCUGUUCUGUCCCUUUUUCUUACAAAAAGCAAAAACAAUGUAGCAUAACGAGACAACGGACACUUAUUUUAUGAAGUGUUCAUCCACGUAGACUGCUGCUGAAGGGUUUCGGGGGAGGGGGGGGGGCACAAGCGACACAAAACAGUUUUGUAGUUUUGAAAGGAGGACAAGAGGCUUGCUUUUAUACUAACUGCAGAGUGUUGGGGUUUUUUGUUUGCCAAUGUGUAAAUGGCUGUCACAGAUCAGAACCAGAGACCAAAGUUGGUGUGGAGGAGGAGAAAAGGGGCCGAGUGGGUCAAAGAGUCAGCUAGUGUGUGUGUGUGGGGUUUUUUUUUCCCUCCUCUUUUCUUUUUAUGAAUGGAGAAAGGAGCGAUGAAAAGCAAACGAAUGGUGUGUUUGAGACCACACAUAAAACCGAGUUUUGGGCCGCGUGCUUGUGCACCAAAUGGCCUUUUUGGAAAACCAAAUGGUACGUGAACAGAAACGCCAGGACGUUCUGUCAAUACAGAUGGUCGCGUAUGAAGCACUUAAACAAGUCCCAUGUGUGACCUCAGCACUUUGUGUUACUCUGCGAUUCGCUCACCUCACUAUGCUGAACUGAUCAGUCAAUCGACCUGCAAUUAUUAAAUCUAAAACAUACUUCAGCACAUUGCGUUCGGCUUUUAUACAUUUUUAUUGUGUUUAAAAGACCAAACGAGUAAUUGAGAAGAUAAUUUUAGUUGCAUCUUCACACGUAAAAAUAAAAUGUUUGCUCUAUGUGACCAAAUCACAGUAUAACAGAGUGCUGAGGGAACAGAUGUCGCUACAGUUAAACCAGACGAGAAAAGGUUACAUCCGGUCAAAAUCAUCCUCUCAGAGGAAAAAAAAAAUAACUGAAACCCAUUUUAUGUGUGGUUUAAACAAAGAGUGACGUGCGUGAAUUUGUGCUAACGACUGUGGGCUGAAAAACUGGGUCUGUUUUUGUUACAAAACCUUCAGAAAUAAUAAGCUUUGAUAAAAUGUUUUAUGUGUAAUGCAACGAGAGCAGGUAGACGGAGACGAUGUCCCGAGCUGAAGACACAGGCUUUAGAAGAAAAUACUGAAAACUUGAAAGAACGUGCAAUCUAGCGUUGAGUAGUUCAGCAGUCAAGCAGAGUGAGAUGCACUAAGGUCCAAGAGAUAAUCAAAGUGCACAGUGAAGCUUUUGGAGUGAAAUUGUUUGUCUGAUUGCUCAGUUUCCUCUUAUUUAGAGACUUUUUUUUUUUUUUAAACUGAAGUACUUCUUGCUGGUGCUUGACUUUAUAACCAGCGGAAGCAUCACAAUAAAAAAUAUCUUGAAAAACUUCAAGAGAAAAACUCAA